GGCGCCCGCGGUGACGGCGACGUGCGGCCCGCGCCACUGCUGCCCGCCGACGCCGCGGACCCCCGGAGCUCAUGGCCCAGGCGAAGAUCAGCGCCAAGGCCCACGAGGGCCGCUUCUGCCGCUCCUCGUCCAUGGCCGACCGCUCCAGCCGCCUGCUGGAGAGCCUGGACCAGCUGGAGCUCAGGGUUGAAGCUUUGAGAGACGCAGCUACUGCUGUUGAACAAGAGAAAGAAAUCCUUCUGGAGAUGAUCCACAGCAUCCAGAACAGCCAGGACAUGAGGCAGAUUAGUGACGGAGAAAGAGAAGAAUUAAACCUCACUGCAAACCGCCUGAUGGGCCGCACGCUCACUGUUGAGGUCUCAGUGGAGACAAUUCGAAGUCCCCAGCAGGAGGAAUCCUUGAAGCACGCCACGAAGAUUAUAGAUGAGGUGGUCAGUAAGUUCCUGGACGACCUGGGAAAUGCCAAGAGCCACUUAAUGUCACUCUACAGUGCGUGUUCAUCUGAGGUGCCGCCCGGGCCAGUUGACCAAAAAUUUCAGUCGAUAGUAAUCGGUUGCGCUCUCGAAGAUCAGAAGAAAAUUAAGAGGCGACUAGAGACUUUGCUGAGGAACAUUGACAACUCCGACAAGGCCAUUAAACUAUUAGAGCACUCUAAAGGAGGCGGUCCCAAGAGUCUGCCAAACAUUGACGGCAAGUUCAAUUAGUCUUCCAACCCACAGGCCCUUACAAACGAUGUAACAGAGAAAAACCACUAUUUUAAAUAACUAGUUCUUUAUGUUAGGCAUAACCACUUAUACCUUAUACUGAUAACUGUUUCCGAUGAGGAAGUAUUCCAGUGUGGAUAAGGUACGCAAAUCACACUUAAACCUAGAAGUAUUUCAGUCGCCUGCUCACAGGUUUUGGACAGCUUUGCUGUCUUGAACUGGACUCUAGCCCUGGAUAUUCAACUUCUGAAGAUGCACACAUGGUCUGUGGGAAAAUAAAUAAGGGGCAAAUGCA